AUGAGUAAUGCUGCAGAAAAAAUAAGUGAUCUAUUCAAUGUUUCAUUAACAGAGCUUGAAACAAAUAUUGUUGGAAGUGCUGUCAAAUUCAACGCAUAACCUUAGCGUUUGCUUGAUGUAUAAUUUCUAAUGAUAUUGUUUAGGAAUUAUAAUAAUCAGUGAUGGAUUUCAAGUCUAAAUUCUAUGAAUCUCUACAUAACUUAUUAUAGUUUAUUGCUUAAUUCGAUAAUGGCAAGGAUAUAUUAAAAAUAACUCAAUAAGUUGAAACUCACAUAACAAAAUUCAAAUAAUAAUAACUUCUAAUCUAGAUGAAAGUAGUGCUAAAUAGUAAAUUAAAAGCAUUACUAGAAACAUUCUGCGGAGAAAAUUAGCAAAAAUUUGAAGUAUCAAAUUUAUAAAAAUUGUAGGUCUAAAAUUAAAUCAAGCAUCUUAAGGAUUCCUUGUUUAAGAUAGAAACAACUCUCAUGGAAUAAUAAUAGCUCACAUCAACACCAUAAUAAAAUUUCAUAACUCCAUAUCCAAAAAAGAAUUUCAUAACAGCAUCAUCUUAAGAUAUCUUGACACCAAAUUUGAGUGAUGAGGCUGAAAUGAGAGGAAGAGGUUUCUUUAUAACCCCUGAAAAUAGAUAACAACAGCCAAGAUAAUUUGAUCACUCUUAAUAACAAUAUUCCUCAAAUGAAAGUUAUUCUGUUUAACAAAAUAAAACAUUAAAUUCUUUCGAUAAAGAAAAAUCAGAAGAUAAAACCGAUCUACAAAGUCCAUUUUUUGGAUUACAAUCAGGGAGCACCUAAUAACCAAAGCUAUUUUAAAAUGAAAUUAUGAAUGAUUAUUUGCAAAGAGUCCCUCUUGAUGAAGGUCCCCAAGAAUCCCAAUUAUUAGAUGAAUCUAAUCAAAAUUUUCAUUAAGAAUAAAUAACUAAAACUAUAUAAUAAUAACAAUAAUAAUAAUAGCAAUAAUAGUAAUAACAAUAAUAACAAUAACAAUAGUAGUUAUAGCAGUAAUAGUCUAAUAAGAAUUAAUAAAAGGUACAGUCAUAACCUCAAAAAUAAUAGACUUAAUGGUAAAAUUUACAAUUACAAUAAACAUUCUAACAUUUAGAUUCGUUAUAAACAACGCGAACAGAAUAAUUGGAAACUUAAGCAAGAGUAUCAACCCCAAAAGAUAAUUAAGCCUAAACUCGAAAUUAAUCAGUUGAACCAAACAUUAGAGAUAUUUCUUAGUCGCCUAAUGGAAAGAGACUAAUAUAGACUUCAAAAUCAAAGGAACCAUUUUCAAGAUGCCGAUCAUCAUUAGAAACAACAAAUCUGCUCCAAAAAUUAAACUCUGUUGAGGCUUCAAAAUCAAGCAAUAAGCUUAAUAAAUCAAAAUCCAAUAAAGAAAAUUAAUCUUAACCUAUAGUUAAGUGUUCAAAACCAAGUAAGCCUCAAAUUACUGUUUCAAAGCAAAAAAAUUAAAUCGCUACUAAACCCCAGUUAUAGAUCAACUUAGUUAAAAAAUAAAAGUCAAAUUGA